GGCAAAUGUCGGACUACGCACCCUAUUUCUACGACAACGGACCGAGCAGCACCAAUGGGAAUAUGGCUCUCUUCAGUAUCUCAGAAGACACACCUGUCGGUAAAGUGUUUUAAACAAUUAAAUAAAUGAGAUGAUUAUUUAAUUAAUUAGUUGAGUCAGUGAAGUUGUGAAUUAAUAAUAUACAGUAUGUCUUGUGAUUUUAGAAAUAAUGUAGAUAAUGUGGCUAAAUUAAAAGAAAAUCACAACGUGAUGAAUUUUGUGUUUCAAGGGCAGCGUUACACAGUAGCUAAUUAUCAGACCUGGGUUCAAAUACUAUUUGUAAUCAUUUCAUAUAGUCGAUGUGUGCUUCAUUGAGUUUGCCUAGCUUAAUUGACCAACAGAAUAGUCCCAAAACUGCAAACCCCGCCCAUCUGGCACUCCAUGCAGGCUAGAGCAAACACUCGAAAGUAUUUGAAAGAUUUCAAAUAGUAUUUGAACCCAGGUCUGCUUGUGCUGGACUGAUCAGUGAUCACAUGAGCAACACUGAGCCUUAGAUUUAUCACCAUAAAGCCCUGCAGAGGAGGGUGACGGGCACUAACAGGCUUAGCCAGGGAAAACAAUAGCGGGGCAGGAGUGGCUGUCAGCAAUAGGAAAACCAAUCAGAUAAUACUACGGGUUGCAACACUCCAGUAAAAUUCCAGAAAUCCCAGUUGGAUCCCCAUGAUUUCCUGCUUAUUCCUGGGUUUCUGGAAAACCUAGGUUUUUGGGAAAGUUAUACCUCAGAAUUCCUAUUCCUAAACAACUAUGUCUAGAUCAGGUUAAUGGUGCUGUAUGCUAGUCUCUCCUCACUAUCUUCUGUACAACUGGAGGCAGAGAUUGGUUACCUUUCACGUUUUAUUUAAUUUAUUUCACCUUUAUUUAACCAGGUAAGCCAGUUGAGAACAAGUUCUCAUUUACAACUGCGACCUGGCCAAGAUAAAGCAAAGCAGUGCGAUAAAAACAACAACAACACAGAGUUACAUAUGGGGUAAAACAAAAACAUACAGAAAAUAUAUAUACAGUGUGUGUAAAUGUAGUAAGUUAUGGAGGUAAGGCAAUAAAUAGGCCAUAGUGCAAAAUAGUUACAAUUUCGUAUUAACACUGGAAUGAUAGAUGUGCAAAAGAUGAUGUGCAAAUAGAGAUACUGGGGUGCAAAUUAGCAAAAUAAAUAACAAUAUAGGGACAAGGUAGUAGUAUUUUUGCAGUUCGUUCCAGUCAUUGGCAGCAGAGAACUGGAAGGAAUGGCGGCCAAAGGAGGUGUUGGCUUUGGGGAUGACCAGUGAGAUAUACCUGCAGGAGGGUGUUGCUAUGGUGACAAGUGAGCUAAGAAAAGACGGGGAUUUGCCUAGCAGUAAUUUAUAGAUGACCUGGAGCCAGUGGGUUUGGCGACGAAUAUGUAGUGAGGGCCAGCCAACAAGAGCGUACAGGUCACAAUGGUGGGUAGUAUAUGGGGCUUUGGUGACAAAACGGAUGGCACUGUGAUAGACUACAUCCAAUUUGCUGAGUAGAGUGUUGGAGGCUAUUUUGUAAAUGACAUUGCCGAAGUCAAGGAUCGGUAGGAUAGUCAGUUUUACGAGGGCAUGUUUGACAGCAUGAGUGAAGGAGGCUUUGUUGCGAAAUAGGAAGCCGAUUCUAGAUCUAACUUUUGAUUGGAGAUGCUUAAUGUGAGUCUGGAAGGAGAGUUUACAGUCUAACCAGACACCUAGGUAUUUGUAGUUGUCCACAUACUCUAGGUCAGACCCGCCGAGAGUAGUGAUUCUAGUCGGGUGGGCGGGUGCAAGCAGCGUUCGGUUGAAGAGCAUGCAUUUAGUUUUACUAGUAUUUAAGAGCAGUUGGAGGCUACGGAAGGAGUGUUGUAUGGCGUUGAAGCUCGUUUGGAGGUUUGUUAAAACAGUGUCCAAUGAAGGGCCAGAUGUAUACAAAAUGGUGUCGUCUGCAUAGAGGUGGAUCCGAGCGUCACCAGCAGCAAGAGCGACAUCAUUGAUAUACACAGAGAAUAGAGUCGGCCCGAGAAUUGAACCCUGUGGCAACCCCAUAGAGACGGCCAGAGGUCCAGACAACAGGCCCUCCGAUUUGACACAUUGAACUCUAUCUGAGAAGUAGUUGGUGAACCAGGCGAGGCAGUCAUUAGAGAAACCAAGGCUAUUUAGUCUGCCAAUAAGAAUGCGGUGGUUGACAGAGUCGAAAGCCUUGGCCAGGUUGAUGAAGAUGGCUGCGCAGUACUGUCUUUUAUCGAUCGCGGUUAUAAUAUCAUUUAGGACCUUGAGCGUGGCUGAGGUGCACCCAUGACCAGCUCGGAAACCGGAUUGCAUAGCGGAGAAGGUACGUUAGGAUUCGAAAUGGUCGGUGAUCUGUUUGUUAACUUGACUUUCAAAUACUUUCGAAAGGCAGGGCAGGAUGGAUAUAGGUCUGUAACAGUUUGGAUCUAGAGUGUCAUCCCCUUUGAAGAGGGGGAUGACCGCGGCAGCUUUCCAAUCUCUGGGGAUCUCAGACGUUACGAAAGAGAGGUUGAACAGGCUAGUAAUAGGGGUUGCGACAAUUUCGGCGGCUAAUUUUAGAAAGAAAGGGUCCAGAUUGUCUAGCCCAGCUAAUUUGUAGGGGUCCAGAUUUUUCAGCUCUUUCAGAACAUCAGCUGUCUGAAUUUGUGUGAAGGAGAAGCGGGGGAGGGGGGGGGGGGCAUGGGCAAGUUGCAGCGGAGGGUGCAGAGCUGGUGGCUGGGGUAGUGGUAGCCAGGUGGAAAGCAUGGCCAGCCAUAGCAAAAUGCUUGUUGAAAUUCUCGAUUAUUGUAGAUUUUUCGUUGGUGACAGUGUUUCCUAGCCUCAGUGUAGUGGGCAGUUGGGAGGUGCUCUUAUUCUCCAUGGACUUUACAGUGUCCCAAAACUUUUUGGAGUUAGUGCUACAGGAUGCAAAUUUCUGUUUGAAAAAGCUAGCCUUUGCUUUCCUAACUGAUUGUGUAUAUUGGUUCCUGACUUCCCUGAAAAGUUGCAUAUCGCGGGGGCUGUUUGAUGCUAAUGCAGUACGCCACAGGAUGUUUUUGUGCUGGUCAAGGGCAGUCAAGUCUGAGGAGAACCAGGGGCUAUAUCUGUUCUUAGUUCUGAAUUUUUUGAAUGGGGCAUGCUUAUUUAAGAUUGAGAGGAAGCACUUUUAAAGAACAACCAGGCAUUCUCUACUGACGGAGGUCAAUAUCCAUCCAGGAUACCCGGGCCAGGUCAAUUAGAAAGGCCUGCUCGCUAAAGUGUUUUAGGGAGCAUUUGACAGUGAUGAGGGGUGGUCGUUUGACCGCGGACCCAUUACCAAGCAAGAGGCCACGGCUUGCGUGUGCUAGCGGGCCGGGGCUAGCAGAUGGAUCUUCGUGGUCGACGUCAUAAUGGGAAGCCUGUUGAAACCACAUCAGACGAUUUCGUCGGCAGACCAGUCGUGUUGGAUCGGCGGGGCUCCGUGUCAACACUAGGAAGGCCCGUCCGGUUGACAGAGAGGUAGAUAGCCGGGAGAUGGGCCUGGCUCGAGGCUAGCUCAAGGCUGAUUAGCCAACAACAUCCAUUUGGUUGCAGCUAGCUAGUUGCGAUGAUCCGGUGUUAAAGGUCCAGUGAUUCAGUGAUUCCGGCAGAAAAAACGAUAUGUACUGGGUCGAUAACGCGCUGUGCAGACAGUGCAGACUGGCCGAUAAUAGUCCAGGCUAGAGCUGGCUGGUAGGUAGUGCAGGCCACGGACAAUGGUGAAAAAACGCUAACGGUGGCUAAUAGCAAGUAGCUAGUUAGCUGGCUACUCCCGUCCGGUAGACAGAGAGGUAGAUAGCCGGGAUAUGGGCCUGGCUCGAGGCUAGCUCAAGGCUAACUGGUGUUUGCUUCGGGGGCAGUGGUGAUUAGCCAACAGCAACAUCCAUUCGGUUGCGGCUAGCUAGUUGCGAUCCGGUGUUAAUGUCCAGUGAUUCAGUUAUUCCGGCAGAAUAUCUGAUGUUCUGGGUGAAAACUGCUAACGGUGGCUAAUAGCAAGUUAGCUGGCUAGCUAGUUUCAACUGGAGAUUCUAGAUAAAAGGUAAGUCAAUAAUAGAAUCCGUUCCACAUUGAGUGAGGCGGGUUGCAGGAAAGUAUAUUUAGUAGAAGGAUGAAAAGUGUGAUAGGGAAAUACAAAAAACAGGCUAUUUACACGGACACACAACAGAGAACAUGACUGCACUGCUACGCCAUCUUGGAUCUUGUUCCAUGUAUUUGAUAGGCAAUGUUAUAACCAAAUUCGGUAACACUUUAUUAUUUGAAGAGUACCUACAUAAAGACUUCAUAACACAUUGAUAAGCAUUCAUAACACAUUCAUAAGCAUUCAUAACACAUUCAUAAGCAGGUGCUAUCUCUGUCUCUAACCUUACAGGAACACAGGUAUAUACCCUAAAUGGCACUGACCCAGAGGGGGAUGCCGUGAGGUUUGGCCUGACCUUUGAGAAGGGCACCAGAGAAUACCUGAGAGUGGACCCCAAGUCAGGAAACAUAACUCUCAUUCAGGAAUUAGACAGAGAGGUGAGUGUAAUGCAGUGAGGCUUGAGAACACUAUCUCUGGUAAUCUCAGGAACCCAGAACCAAAUCUGCCGUCUGUCACCAGAGAUUAUCAUUACCCCCAGUAACGGAUGUGCUGUUUAGAGCGCUGUUAACAUGUUCUUUGUUUUGUCAGAAACAAGGUGAAAUCUCAGCUCUUGUUAGCAUAACAGAUGGUCGGAAUAAGGUGAGCUGAGCUUUGACAACAACAUUAGUCGCAAAUCCAUAUGCAUCACAUGUAUAGGCCUAUACACUUACGCAAUAACACCUGGCUUCUCAGCUAGGUUGUUGUGAUGUCAUCUGUUUGUUCCUUCCUUUAGGUUGUCGAGACGAUUCGGGUGUUUGUCACCGAUGUCAAUGAUGAGCAACCAGAGUUUCAGAACCUGCCUUUCACCGUAGACGUCCCCGAGGUCAGUGUUAAAUCCUGAUCACCAUAAAGACAGCUCUGUCAUUGGUUUAAUGUCUUUAGAGAUAAUGUUAAAAGAUACUGACAGAGAUGUCAAUAUUGGUAUCAUGUCUUUAGAUAUAAUAGGGCUUCACUACCCCAGGGGCCUGUCUGACAUGCCGGCAAGUAAAGACACCGUUAUUAAAGUCUAGCAGAUAUGUACUAGAUAAGUGCACAGGCAAUAUGUUAUAUUUAAAUGUCGAAUGUCAUCAAUGUUUUUGUCAUCUGCAGGACACUGCAGCUGGAAGCAGCAUUUACAGAGUGCAAGCUGUGGAUAAAGACAUGGGCUCUGGAGGCAGUGUCACCUACUACGUACAGGUAAACAACGUCCACACCCCUGGGUCUGCUUCAUUGGACACUAAAGAAGAAGAACAUGGACUGAAACAAUAUCAAUUUUUAGCAUAUUUUUGCUACGUGUGCCCUAAUGAAUAUAGUCCUGGUCUGCCUGAGGUUUCAGGGUUAGAUCUAAUGUUAUACAGUCUACAGUCGGGGUCAAACGUUUUGAGAAUGACACAAAUAUUAAUUUUCACAAAGUCUGCUACCUCGGUUUUUAUGAUGGAAAUUUGCAUAUACUCCAGAAUGUUAUGAAGAGUGAUCAGAUGAAUUGCGAUUAAUUGCAAAGUCCCUGUUUGCCAUGAAAAUGAACUUAAUCCCCCAAAAAACAUUUCCACUGCAUUUCAGCCCUGCCACAAAAGGACCAGCUGACAUCAUGUCAGUGAUUUUCUCGUUAACACAGGUGAGAGUGUUGACGAGGACAAGGCUGGAGAUCACUCUGUCAUGCUGAUUGAGUUAGAAUAACAGACUGGAAGCUUUAAAAGGAGGGUGGUGCUUGAAAUCAUUGUUCUUCCUCUGUUAACCAUGGUUACCUGCAAGGAAACACGUGCCGUCAUCAUUGCUUUGCACAAAAAGGGCUUCACAGGCAAGGAUAUUGCUGCUAUUAAGAUUGCACCUAAAUCAACCAUUUUUCGGAUCAUCAAGAACUUCAAGGAGAGAAGUUCAAUUGUUGUGAAGAAGGCUUCAGGGCGCCCAAGAAAGUCCAGCAAGCGCCAGGACCGUCUCCUAAAGUUGAUUCAGCUGCGGGAUCGGGGCACCACCAGUGCAGAGCUUGCUCAGGAAUGGCAGCAGGCAGGUGUGAGUGCAUCUGCACGCACAGUGAGGCGAGGACUUUUGGAGGAUGGCCUGGUGUCAAGAAGGGCAGCGAGGAAGCCACUUCUCUCCAGGAAAAACAUCAGGGACAGACUGAUAUUCUGCAAAAGGUACUGGGAUUGGACUGCUGAGGACUGGGGUAAAGUAAUUUUCUCUUAUGAAUCCCCUUUCCGAUUGUUUGGGGCAUCUGGAAAAAAGCUUGUCCGGAGAAGACAAGGUGAGCGCUACCAUCAGUCCUGUGUCAUGCCAACAGUAAAGCAUCCUGAAACCAUUAAUGUGUGGGGUUGCUUCUCAGCCAAGGGAGUGGGAUCACUCACAAUUUUGCCUAAGAACACAGCCAUGAAUAAAGAAUGGUACCAACACAUCCUCCGAGAGCAACUUCUCCCAACCAUCCAAUAACAGUUUGGUGACGAACAAUGCCUUUUCCAGCAUGAUGGAGCACCUUGCCAUAAGGCAAAAGUGAUAACUAAGUGGCUCGGGGAACAAAACAUCAACAUUUUGGGUCCAUGGCCAGGAAACUCCCCAGACCUUAAUCCCAUUGAGAACUUGUGGUCAAUCCUCAAGUGGCGGGUGGAUAAACAAAAACCCACAAAUUCUGACAAACUCCAAGCGUUGAUUAUGCAAGAAUGGGCUGCCAUCAGUCAGGAUGUGGCCCAGAAGUUAAUUGACAGCAUGACAGGGCGGAUUGCAGAGGUCUUGAAAAAGAAGGGGCAACACUGCAAAUAUUGACUCUUUGCAUAAACUUAAUGUAAUUGUCAAUAAAAGCCUUUGACACUUAUGGAAUGCUUGUAAUUAUACUUCAGUAUACCAUAGUAACAUCUGACAAAAAUAUCUAAAAACACUGAAGCAGCAAACUUUGUGAAGACCAAUACUUGUGUCAUUCUCAAAACUUUUGACCACGACUGUAUAUGGAGGAUCCAUUGUCAUACUGUAGAUGAAUGGUACGGUCUUUAAUCAACACAGGACAGAAACCAUCCGUGGAGAGAGAACCAUUCAUUUUACACUGGAGUGGAGGCAGGAAAUUGUGUUACUUUAGUGGAUUACAUUUCAAUUACAUUUCAGCAAGGUAUUGAGGCCUUAGCAGAAGCUUAGGGUUGCUUUUGGCCAUCAGCAAGCAAACCGUAGUUGGCACCGUUCAUAUGUCGACUGGGAGAUUCACAAAGCAGAUUCUAGAGUCUAAACCACCCUGAUGAUUCUAGAGUCUAAACCACCCUGAUGAUUCUAGAGUCUAAACCACCCUGAUGAUUCUAGAGUCUAAACCACCCUGAUGAUUCUAGACAUCUGAAAGAACAACAGUAGAAAACAGUUGAAAGGCUGAAAUAUAAUGUUGUAGCCAUCUUUAGGUCUGGAUUUGAUGUGUGAUGGGGUAUUGGUUGUAUUUCAAAUGUCAUUGAAGUAAAAACUGCAUUGAAUGGAGAGUGCGAUUAGUUAGAUCUAAGUCUAGAUCUCAGUAUACAUCAUCAUAAUGAAGGGUUUAAAGAUGGUCCUGUGUCUGUUCACAGGGCACCCCUACUACCAAGUUCACCAUCGACGGCCACAGUGGGGUCCUGCGGAUCAAACCAGGCGAGACGCUCGACUUUGAGACCACAGCAUUACACUUUGUGACGGUGGUUGCCAAGGUUAGACGCCGGCUAGCUAUGUGUCAAUCAACCCAUCAAUCAAUUAAUCAAAUGUAUUUUUUAUUAAGCCCUUUUUACAUCAGCAGUUGUCACAAAGUGCUUUACAGAUACCCAGUCUAAAACCCCAAACAGCAAUGUGUCAUCCCUAUGUGUCAUCCCUAUGUGUCAUCCCUAUGUGUCAUCCCUAUGUGUCAUCCCAAUGUGUCAGCCCAAUGUGUCGGCCCUAUGUGUCAGCCCUAUGUGUCAGCCCUAUGUGUCAGCCCUAUGUGUCAGCCCUAUGUGUCAUUCCAAUGUGUCAUUCCAAUGUGUCAUCCCAAUGUGUCAUCCCUAUGUGUCAUCCCAAUGUGUAAUCUCUGUCUGGUCUGGGGCUGCUGAUCCCUUCUGGCCCUGGCCCCGUCUCUGGGCCUCAGAGGGAGGGUCAGCUCUCUCUAUUCCGCCCCUGUCUCUCUGGGGGAGGGAAGCUUUUCUUCUACUGUGUCUCGGUCAUCUUCUCUGAGCCCUGGGGGAGGGAAGCUUUUCUUGUGUCUCUGUCCUCUUCUCUGAGCCCUAGGGGAGGGAAGCUUUUCUUGUGUCUCUGUCCUGUUCUCUGAGCCCUAGGGGAGGGUGAAGGGCUGGGGGUCCCUCCUCCGUCUCUGUCUUUACGCCUCAGGGGGAGGGUCCUCUCCUCCAUCCCUGGGUCCGUCUCUAAGCUCUUGGGGAGGGUAAGCCCUGAUUACCUAAGGCCGCACUACGUCUCGGCCCUUGAUCCCACACCAUGGCAGUUGAUUGACUAAUUGUCUCGUGUGAAGGAGCAUGUUGUUUAGGCCCUUAGUGUAGGUUGAGUGUAUUUUCACGGGAGCAAGAUUAAGAAGUUCACACACAAAUAGAAAGCUGAUGAAAUUCACAAAUGUAGCAGAUGGGGAUCUGUGACACUAACUCCUCAGCCUGAAGUGUCGCUCCUUGCACAAUUGAAGAAGGCCUUUUUCAUUAGCACGAUGGAGGAGGUGGUACUCCUCGCUAAGCAAGCAGCGUUAUAUCCUUCACACGUAGAGUGUUAACUUAUGCAAACAGUACUGUUGUUUCACAAUGUUUUUAGCACUAAAUAAAUCAGUCAGAAAAUGAUUUAUCAUGUGUCGUCGUCCAAUGUCUAACAUGUCCCUUCUGUUGUCAUCAGGAUGGAGGUGGACAGUUUAAAGGUAAGGCCCAGGUGUUGACAUCUACGGCCACCGUAACCAUCAACGUCCUCGACGCCCAAGACACCCCUCCAUCCUUCAUUGGAACUCCUUACUUUGGCUAUGUCUACGAGGUCUCGGUUCCUGUAAGCACAACACAGCCUGUGAUGAUCAUCUGGUCUUUAAAACAUAACCCUGUUAUGAAAGCUGUAAGAUUACAUUUUUGGAACUUUUGGGAACUUUUGCAAGCCAUUUCUUUAUGAUUUAUAAUGUGUAUUUGCAGGGUUCUGAAAUUUCCACUGUGUUUGCCAAAGAUGGAGAUGAAGGAAACCCUAAUCCUAUUCAUUAUUCCAUUACCAAUGGUAAGUUAUAAACACACACGCACACACUACCAAGCUAUUUCUUCACAAACUGAUAAUAACCUAUCAUUGUCAACAGUUGAGCGUGUGUUUGUUUACAGUUUCACAGAUAUUUGUGAUUUCUGUAUAUGUCAUGAUUCACAUACUAUGAUGAAGUCCUUCCUGUUCUCCUUCUUCAGGUAGUGAGGGUGCCUUCACCAUCAAUAGCACAAGUGGUUGUAUCAGCCUAACAGCUUAUCCAGUCACGCUGAGGAAUGAAUUAUAUGAAAUCAAAGUCAAGGUAAUAACACCUUUCUUAUCCUGUUAUUACAUGUUUAGUGCAUAUGUUUUAUUGUCUGACCUCUCUCUCUCUCUCUCUCUCUCUCUCUCUCUCUCUCUCCCUCCUCUUCUCAUCUCUCUCUCUCUCUCUCUCUCUCUCUCUCUCUCUCUCUCUCUCUCUCUCUCUCUCUCUCUCUCUCUCUCUCUCUCUCUCUCUCUCUCUCUCUCUCUCUCUCUCUCUCUCUCUCUCUCUCUCUCUCUCUCUCUCUCUCUCUGUCUGUCUGUCUGUCUGUCUCUCUGUCUCUCUGUCUGUCUCUCUCUCUCAGGCCACUGAGCUGGGGCCUAGUGAGGAGCUGUUGGACUACUAUACCAUGACUGUGGUGACUGUUCGAGUGGUGGACCUCAACAACCACCCUCCUACCUUCUACGGAGAGAACGGACCCCAGAGCCAGUUUGAGGUGACCAUGCAUGAGCACCCUUCAGAGGGGGAGAUCCUCAGGGGGCUGAAGAUAACGGUCAACGACUCUGAUCAGGUACUGGAAGGCAGUCCGUUUCCCAAAUCGCACCAUAUUCCCUAUAUAGUGCACGACCUUUGAUCAGUGAAAUAGGGUAACAGUUGGGAUACAGCCAGAGCCAUUCCUUCUCUAUUUCCCCUCUUGUACUCUCAUGGAAACCACUUCGUAUGCUUCGUUAUAGGCCUUGAACAUGUGUCCUAAACCACUCUGUAUGCUUCGUUAUAGGCCUUGAACAUGUGUCCUAAACCACUCCUUAUGCUUCGUUAUAGGCCUUGAACCUGUGUCCUAAACCACUCCUUAUGCUUCGUUAUAGGCCUUGAACAUGUGUCCUAAACCACUCCUUAUGCUUCGUUAUAGGCCUUGAACCUGUGUCCUAAACCACUCCUUAUGCUUCGUUAUAUGCCUUGAACAUGUGUCCUAAACCACUCCUUAUGCUUCGUUAUAGGCCUUGAGCCUGUGUCCUAAACCACUCCUUAUGCUUCGUUAUAGGCCUUGAGCCUGUGUCCUAAACCACUCCUUAUGCUUCGUUAUAGGCCUUGAACAUGUGUCCUAAACCACUCCUUAUGCUUUGUUAUAGGCCUUGAGCCUGUGUCCUAAACCACUCCUUAUGCUUCGUUAUAGGCCUUGAACCUGUGUCCUAAACCACUCCUUAUGCUUCGUUAUAGGCCUUGAGCCUGUGUCCUAAACCACUCCUUAUGCUUCGUUAUAGGCCUUGAACCUGUGUCCUAAACCACUCCUUAUGCUUCGUUAUAGGCCUUGAGCCUGUGUCCUAAACCACUCCUUAUGCUUCGUUAUAGGCCUUGAGCCUGUGUCCUAAACCACUCCUUAUGCUUCGUUAUAGGCCUUGAGCUUGUGUCCUAAACCACUCCUUAUGCUUCGUUAUAGGCCUUGAGCCUGUGUUCUAAAAAUGUGUGUAAGCCCAAACUCUAAAGACUUGACUGAUACUAAGGUACUGAUAGAUCUAACGAUGAAUAUGGCGCUACAAUCCAUUUGUGUUUUAAAUCCGGUUGAUUUCUGAAGGCGUUGGCAUAUUAUGGGAUGUUUGGCCCUAAAAAUCUACAUUUCAUAAAGGAUGCUUUCAUUAAUCCCCCAAAAACAGUAUGUGACAUUAUGUAACCCCAUUUUAGAAAUAAUAUCUUAAUCCCCCCCCAUUUAGCGAAUAAUACUAUUACGCAUCCCAGGAAUGUCAACAGUUAAUUUAGAUUAAAAGGACCGUCAUUAUCCUCAGUAUGUCAUUGUUCCCACAUUUCUUGACUGCAUUGUUUUACAUUACAUAAUAAUUGUAUCCAUUGACAGUUUUUUUCCCCCCCUCAGCCCAUACGAUAGAUUAAAGUUACUGUUGUUGAACAAGAGGUCAUAGGUCCUGGUAUUUGCCAUGAAUGUUGUCAUCGAUGGCAGACUCAUGUAGGUGUGUGUGUUUUCUCUGACAGGGGGCGAAUGCUAAAUUUAAAUUGAGAUUGGUGGGGCCUGGUCGUGUACUCAGAGUGGUGCCCCAGACGGUCCUCAAUGAAGCACAGGUCACCAUCAUCGUUGAAGACUCUGCUGCCAUCGACUAUGAAAAAGGCAAAUCCUUAACAUACAAGGUAUUUCAGCCCAUUUUCAGCUGCAUUAAUGACAAACUGGAAUAACAAACAUUUGAUCCUAAAAAGGGAUUUGGUUUUUCUGAAUUUUUAUGGUACAGAAAUUACUAGGUAUUUACUAAGAAAUAACAAUGGUAAUUGUACAGUAAGAAAUUACAAUGGUAAUUAUACAGUAAUAACCUAUAACUUACUUAAUAUAAUAAUAAUUUAGCAGACUUUUUUAAAUCCAAAGUGACUUACAGUAGUGCUUCCAUAUAUUUUGUAUUUUUGACCCCAAUGGGAAUCCAACCCACAACUCUGGUAUUGCAGGCACCAAUGCUCAUUCCUUUAAUUAUAUUUUUACUACAGCACAACAGCAAGAAUAGCAGGGAGUAUUUUAUGGAUUUAACAUGCAUUUUUCCCCAACCACAGUUACUGGCUGUGGAGAUUGACACCCCUGAGAGGUUCAGUGCGACGGCUGAUAUCGUGAUUCAUCUUUUGGACACCAACGACAACACUCCCAGGUUCACCUCAGAGUAUUACAUAACGCGUAUCCCGGAGAACUCCCCCGGAGGUUCCAACGUUGUGUCUGUCACUGUGAGUACAUCUGGAUUAUUGAACUCUACUCAAACACCACUGGCACCAAAAUAUGAUUACGUAAUCUCCCCAAAAUAAUCCACCGAUAGAUGGAUAUUAAUGGUUAUUGGUAAUUGGAAGCUAAGAGGAAGCAGGGGAUUUCCAGUUUGAGAGAUUUACACAGAAUGUGAUAUUUUGCCAGGAGAGAGGUAAUACUUAUAGGAUGGACUUUCUCCAUACAGUACUCAACUAUGGAACCAGAUUCAUGACAAAAGAAAUGCAAAUAAAAGUAUUAAAACAACACUAAUAUUGAAAAAAACAAUACUCCAAUAUCCAUUUUAUGUAUCUGUAUUUCUUGUAGGAUGAAUCUGCUUCCAUACUACUAGUAUUUAUACUGGUACACUACUAGUAUUUAUACUGGUACACUACUAGUAUUUAUACUGGUACACUACUAGUAUUUAUACUGGUACACUACUAGUAGGAAAUGUUUAGCAGGAAUCAGAGUUGGUGAGAGGAAACAAUCCUUUAGGGUUAAUCAUAUUGGCCUUUACCCUGUAUUGUCCCUGUGGUGUCCCUGUGGUGUGGCUGUGGUGUCCCUGUGGUGUGGCUGUGUUGUCCCUGUGGUGUGGCUGUGUGCUAUUCACCCCAGGGAAUAUGAGCUUAGUAGACAGCCCCUGCUGGGGUGAAAUCCCACAUUGUUCAGUCUGUUUUAGCUGAUCCUCCCUAGUGGGUUAUCCUCAGACUGUUCCAAUCAGCUAAUGGAUAGUCAUUGGAUGACCUUCAUUCAGGAGUUGUGUCCCAAUGGACUCCCUACUCAACAAUAUUGUCAACCAAAAAAUUAGUUGUUAAUAAUAUAAAUAUGAAUGUGGAAAUUGUUAUUAUUAUUAUGAAUAAUAUUGUUAUAUACUAUUGGAGUUUAUUUCCUGUGUGAUGGCAUUAUUUUUAAAGAGCCCUGACAUGCUUAUGAACUUGAUGUGCAUAGGUUCCAACAUUCUAACUCCUCUGUUCCGUUCCAACAUUCUAACUCCUCUAUGUUCCGUUCCAACAUUCUAACUCUCCUCUGUGUUUCGUUCCAACUCUGUUUUGUUCCAACAUUCUAACUCCUCUCCUCUAUGUUCCGUUCCAACAUUCUAACUCCUCUGUUCCGUUCCAACAUUCUAACUCCUCUGUUCAGUUCCAACAUUCUAACUCCUCUGUUCCGUUCCAACAUUCUAACUCCUCUGUUCCGUUCCAACAUUCUAACUCUCCUCUGUGUUUCGUUCCAACUCUGUUUUGUUCCAACAUUCUAACUCCUCUCCUCUAUGUUCCGUUCCAACAUUCUAACUCCUCUAUGUUCCGUUCCAACAUUCUAACUCUCCUCUGUGUUUCGUUCCAACUCUGUUCCGUUCCAACAUUCUAACUCCUCUCCUCUAUGUUCCGUUCCAACAUUCUAACUCCUCUAACAUUUUAACUUAUAUCCUCUCCUCUGUUCCGUUCCAGCAUUCUACCAACAUUCUAACUUCUAUCCUCUCCUCUAUGUUCCGUUCCAGCAUUCUACCAACAUUCUAACUUCUAUCCUCUCCUCUAUGUUCCGUUCCAGCAUUCUACCAACAUUCUAACUUCUAUCCUCUCCUCUAUGUUCCGUUCCAGCAUUCUACCAACAUUCUAACUCCUCUCCUCUCCUCUAUGUUCCGUUCCAGCAUUCUACCAACAUUCUAACUCCUCUCCUCUCCUCUAUGUUCCGUUCCAGCAUUCUACCAACAUUCUAACUCCUCUCCUCUCCUCUAUGUUCCGUUCCAGCAUUCUACCAACAUUCUAACUCCUCUCCUCUCCUCUAUGUUCCGUUCCAGCAUUCUACCAACAUUCUAACUCCUCUCCUCUCCUCUAUGUUCCGUUCCAGCAUUCUACCAACAUUCUAACUCCUCUCCUCUCCUCUAUGUUCUGUUCCAGUGUUCUAACUCCCUUUCUCUUUAUUGCAUUCCAGGCCAAUGAUCCAGACUCUGGCCUUUGGGGUGAAGUCAAGUACUCCAUCUAUGGAUCUGGAUCUGAUUUGUAAGUACAACAGACUCCUGCCAAUACCAAUGAUUGUUGGACAUGAUGAUUUGUAUAAAAUCACUUCCUCUGUUGGUGUGGAGCCAGUUGAACAGACCAAUAUGGGCAGAAAUGAUCACUUAUGCAAUAUAAUUAUUUUGAAUGUCUGAUUAUGUGUUAGGACAGACGUGGGGUAACCUGCUGGCUCUUUAUAUUGGAUAAUUACAUAACAUCCCAAUCGCUCAGCAACAGUGAUGUAAUGGUUAAAAAAAAGUGGGUAAAUGCUGAUCGCCGUUUGCAGUGAAUAAAGUACAGCCCCCUAUAUUUUCUAUGCCCUUUUCCGCAAUAGGUGUGAAAACGCUUGUGCAAAAUAAAAAAGGUGUGUAAACAGUGUUUAGUUGAGCCUACUCCACUCCACCCAGGCAUAACAACAACUGUCACUAUCAGAUGAACCAGCCUCCUCCUGACUGAUCAGUCUCAGAAAGAUGAAUCUUUUUCAUGCCAUUCCAUCACCUGCCGGCCAUGAUUAUUGUGGCUAAGAAUGAAUGAGUUUGACUUGGAUUAACUAAUCCUGCUCAGGUCAACCAUCUCUCAACUCAGAUUCUUCCCCUUUGAUUGGAAGAUGGGAGCAGCCAGUAUUCCAGUAUAUUGGGUUGGCUCUGCUUGUAGCUCCUCUCCUCUCUCCUGUAACAGCUUACUCUAAGAUGGCGGCAAGAUACUGACUGGUUAAUCUCGUAAUUGGAUGUAGGGUAAGAAAUAGCCUGCCAGGCCUGGAUGUCUCGUGUAGAGAGGGCCAAUUAACAUGCAAUGUGACAGCUGGAGCUCUGCUAUGGAAAGCAAGCAAGGCAGGCAGGCUGCAAUACAGGCAGUACAUUGAAAAAAAUAAGUGUCAAGUUAUCUUCCAGUUUUGCUUGCCGUUUAUAAAUGUGUGAAAGUUAACAGUUUGCUUUGCAUUUGUUAAUUUUCACACGGAAUAAGUUGUAAAAAGAAAAUGUUGGAAAAUGGCUGAAUAUGUGCUGCUUUAACAUAAUAUUGGACUUUAAAAAUGUGUACUGGACAAAAAACAACCUUUGUGAUUGUACAGAAAACUUGAUCCAGCAUCCUGGAACACGGGUCUUGACAUAUUUUCCCCAUGAGUUUUAAUCCAAGAUUAAACUGUAACGCACAGUACAUAUAGUGCAUAACCUUGACUGUUACAUAACUGCUAAUAUACUGCUAAUAUACUGCUAACAUACUGCCAAUAUACUGCUAACAUACAGCCAAUAUACUGCUAACAUACAGCCAAUAUACUGCUAACAUGCAGCCAAUAUACUGCUAACAUACUGCCAAUAUACUGCUAAUAUAUACUCUUAGAAAAAAGGGUUCUUCGUCUGUCCCCAUAGGAAAACCCCUUUUGGUUCCAGGUAGAACCCCUGUUGGUUCCAGGUAGAACUAUUUUGGGUUCCAUGUAGAACCCUCUGUGGAAAGGGUUCUACAUGGAACUCAAAAGGGUUUUACCUGGAACUAAAAAGGGUUAUUCAAAGGGUUCUCUUAUGGGGACAGCCAAAGAACCCUUUUAGGUUCUAGAUAGAAAAAAAAGUGCUAAGAGUAUACUGCCAAUAUACUGCCAAUAUACUUCCAGUAUACUGUCAAUAUACUGCCAACAUACUCUCAAUAUACUGCUAAUAAUCUGCCAAUAUACUGUCAAUAUACUGCUAAUAUACUGUCAAUAUACCGCUAAUAUACUGUCAAUAUACCGCUAAUAUACUGUCAAUAUACCGCUAAUAUACUGUCAAUAUACCGCUAAUAUACUGUCAAUAUACCGCUAAUACACUGUCAAUAUACCGCUAAUACACUGUCAAUAUACCGCUAAUACACUUUCUGUUGUGUUUUCCAGGUUUCUCAUCCACCCGUCCUCAGGCAUCAUCUACACCCAGGCCUGGGCCACUCUGGACGCUGAGGUCAAGUCCAAGUACAACUUCUACGUGAAGGCAGAGGACACAGAGGGGAAGUACAGCCUGGCGGAGGUGUUUGUCACUGUCCUGGACGUCAACGACCAUGUUCCAGAGUUCGAUGACAGCCUUGUGGAGAGGACCAUGAUCAUCGGUGCACCUGUUAGGGUAGAGGUAUGUACAGUAGCGAUAAGAUAGCACUUUACAGAUCCCUAAAGUAGAGGUAUGUACAGUAGCGAUAAGAUAGCACUUUACAGAUCCCUAAAGUAGAGGUAUAUACAGUAGCGAUAAGAUGGCACUUUACAGAUCCCUAAAGUAGAGGUAUAUACAGUAGCGAUAAGAUAGCACUUUACAGAUCCCUAAAGUAGAGGUAUAUACAGUAGCGAUAAGAUGGCACUUUACAGAUCCCUAAAGUAGAGGUAUAUACAGUAGCGAUAAGAUAAGAUAGCACUUUACAGAUCCCUAAAGUAGCGGUAUGUACAGUAGCGAUAAGAUAGCACUUUACAGAUCCCUAAAGUAGAGGUAUAUACAGUAGCGAUAAGAUGGCACUUUACAGAUCCCUAAAGUAGAGGUAUAUACAGUAGCGAUAAGAUGGCACUUUACAGAUCCCUAAAGUAGAGGUAUGUAGAGAAGCCAUGUCGUGUGUAGUGGUAUACCCUAGGGCAGGGGUCGGCGGGGGGGGGGGGGCGUCGUUAUUUUAUUUUUUUAAAGGUACUCAGUCCGGCUUUCAACUUACUCUUGAAAGUUGUAAUAGUAGAACGCACAAGGUGCCAUUUCAAAAUUGGUUAGUGCAUCAUCAGUAUUCCUCUUGUCAUGUCAGUCAUUGCAGACCUUAGAGAGCUGUUUAUAACUUGUCAGAAAUGUCCAGAUCAACUACCCAUGUCAGCUAAAGUUUUUUAGCUAGGUUUUUUAGCCCAUAGAUUUUGUUGUAAUGUUUGAGUCACUCAAAUAUAACAAUACACGUUAGACAUGGCAAAAUGUAUAGAAUUGUAAGAAAAUGUACUUUAAGACGGCAAAAUGUUCUAUGCAACCCACGACAGAAUGUGUAGGAUUGCAGGAAAUAAGCUUUAAACCUGUGACAGUUCACUGGCCCAUCGGUUCGGUCCCAUACAUGAAUCAUUACACCCCUAGUAAACAUUGUACAUUGAAUGUUUGCUUUUGUUGGAUUAUAAUUACCUGAAAUGUGAGCGUAUCCACAACUGCUCCAGUAUAGAGCAAUUUUAAAGUAACUAAUGUGUUUGAUUUUGCUGCUUUUUCGUUCUUCCAUUCAGGCAAUAGAUGCCGAUGCAGAGUCGCCCAAUAACGUCAUCGAGUAUUCCAUUAUGCAAGCUGAACCUGACAACAUCUUCGACAUCAACGCGGAGACGGGAGAGAUCAAGCUGAAGUCCUACAUCAAGUCCAUGGAGAUAGUGCAGAACAUCACCGAGCAGAAGGACUGCAGGUGGUCUCUGGUGGUCCAGGCCCGGGACAGAGGGUCUCCGUCCUUCAGCACUACCGCCGUGGUCAAGAUCGACAUCACUGAAGCGGUAGGUUUAAUGUUUCCUGACCUUAACCGUAGAGUAAUAACCCUAACCUAACUCUAAUCCGAACUGCCUAAUUUCCCAACCCUGACGCUAACUUUCUAACCCUAAUGCUUACCCUUAACCUUAACCUAACCCUAAUGCUUACCCUUAACCUUAACGUAACCCUAAUGCUUACCCUUAACCUUAACCUUAACCUAACCCUAAUGCUCACUAACGCUGUAGUAUCACUGUGGUAAGAAUUUAAACCUAAGUUCCCUAACCUUAACUAACCCAAACCCUUACAAUAGACUUCUAACUCAAACCUUUAGCAUAGACUUCUAACCUUAAAGGGAUAGUUUACCCAAAUUACAAAAUGGCACAUUGGUUUCCUUACCCUGUAAGCAGUCUAUGGACAAGGUAUGACAGCAAUCCAUGCGUUGGCUUAGUUUCACAUGAUGAGUGAAAAAUGCUAAUAUCGGUACCAUGACUUGAAUGGGAUUUGUGCCACAAAUGCUCAAACGUUAGCAUUUGGAAACAGUGCCAGGGAAACUAAGCCAAUGCAUGGAUUGCUGUCAUACCUUGUCCAUAGGCUGCUUACAGGGUAAGGAAACCAAUGUGCCAUUUUGUAAUUUGGGUGAACUAUUAAUGCCAGCAGCAUUAGCUCUGUCAAGCCUGUUAAGUGAUAUUUUACAUCACUCAAACUCUCCUCCAAUAAAAACAUAAAGAAAGUGGUAUUUCAAUUGUUUAUGUUUUGUUUGUUUUUAUAAUGUAAAAAAAAAAUCACAUACUCAUUAAGUGUAUUUUCGUUUCUAAAUUUGCAUUAAUUGAUUACAUUAAUUUUAAAGCUUACUUUCCUAUAAAUUAUUUAACUAAACCCUACAUAUUUGACAUCAUAUUCGAGAAGAAUAGAAUAGUAGAAUAUUAUCUCUGUUGUCUUCUGUGUCGUAUUGUGCUUUUCAGAUCAAAGCUCGAAUAAUUGCAAACUUCCUAAACCUCAUCAAGCGCCCAUCAAAUGUUGUUGGACUUUUUUUGGCCAUAGUCAGCUUCACCAUCUUACUAACAAUCUGUAUAUCCACUACCUUGUACUGUAGAACAGUGAAGAAAGCUCGCGUCAACCCCCAGGCCAGUUUCAUCAGAGUUAUCCGAAGGCCCAAAUGAUCAUGAGACUCAUCCCGCUGGACUAUACAGACUACGUUUUAUAUAUCACCUUAUUAUGUCUGCAAGACAUUACUUUAUGAUCCAUUUUUAAAAACAAUAUCAUUUUUAUUUUACUGCUUUGUCUGUAAAAGAGUACUGGAGCACAUUAUAAAGGAUAGGAUUUUUCUAUUGGAUUCUUGUAUUGGUAUUUUAUUGGGAUCCCCAAUAGCUGUUGCGAAGGCAGCAGCUACUCUUCCUGGUGUCCACAUGAAACAUGACUUAAUACAUAACAUUAAUAGACAAGAACAGCUCAAGGACAGAACUACAUACUGGAGCACAUUAUAAAGGAGAGUACUUGAGUACAUUAUAAAGGAGAGUACUGGAGCACAUUAUGAAGGAGAGUACUGGAGUACGUUAUAAAGGAGAGUACUGGACUACAUUAUAAAGGAGAGUACUGGAGUACAUUAUAAAGGAGAGUAUUGGAGCACAUUAUAAAGGAGAGUACUGGAGCACAUUAUAAAGGAGAGUACUGGAGCACAUUAUAAAGGAGAGUACUGGAGCACAUUAUAAAGGAGAGUACUGGAGCACAUUAUGAAGGAGAGUACUGGAGUACAUUAUAAAGGAGAGUACUGGAGUACAUUAUAAAGGAGAGUACUCGAGUACAUUAUAAAGGAGAGUACUGGAGCACAUUAUAAAGGAGAGUACUCGAGUACAUUAUAAAGGAACAGUAAAUGAGUACACACAAAGUUUUUCGACAGGCCGUCAUUGUAAAUAAUAUUUUUUUCAUAACUAACUUAGCUGUUUAAAUAAAGGUUAAAUAAAUAAAAUAAACAAAGAUAUAUCAUACACAAUAUAAUAUUAUACCAAAAAAUAAUAGUUAUUUCAUAUCCAUCUUUUAUAUUUUGAUUGGGAGAUGUUUUUCUACUCCUAGAAAUGUAUUUUUAUGUACUUUUAUGUAUACUGUUUUGAUUAUGUUGUCAAAUUAUAAUUCUACCAUUAUAGUAUGUAGUACUUAUUUUAUAGUAAUCUAGAGCAUAUUUUAAACAGUUUGACUAUACUGAAGUAACAAAGAUUAAGUCAUUUCAUUUCAAACCAGUGUCUUGAGUUUGGGUUAAUCCCUUUGUCAGAAGAACAGAGUAAUCUCUAUUUUUCAUUUCAUUUUUCAUAUCCAUGUAAAUAAUACACUCAAACCAAAGACCCAGUAGCAAUGAACGUAGUGCUUUAGGAUCCUGUCACAGGAAGUUAAUCCACAACACAAUCCUCAUCAGAAACAUGUCACUGCUCGUGAACAAAAAGAACAAACCGUUCUGAUGCACCCACCGCACUGCCAGACAUACUCCCGACAACUACCACCAGUGUGCAUAGUCCCAAAUUGCACAGCCUAAAGUAGACCACCAUUUACUACCCGCAGUCGUCAUGCUGCGAAUGUUAUAGAGAUGUUGUCUGUCUGGGGCUCCUCUGUCAGUGCUUGGCGCAUGUCUGACCUCUGACCUCGCUGCUUGCCUGCAUGCUUUGGACCAAAAUGGUGAACGUUUAAAACGUUUGAUGAUCUAGCCCCGUGGAUGGGCGUGAUUAAAAGUAUGAUAUUUUUUGCUCUUUUACAGACUCAACUCAAGGGGCCUAUGGCAGCCUUUUUAUUGCAAAGUAGGGACAACCCAAUGAAGGCUCUAGGCAUGGUCGCUGGUGUCAUUAGCAUAUUGGUAGGGGUCACUGUCUUGAUAUCCACGGCUAUGUUCUUGCGCAACACAAAGUCCAACAGGAUAAUGCCGGCACGUCGCAUCAUCAUCAGACGGAGACCACCAAAGGACCGCAAGCCGUGGACGUUUAACGUACCGUUCAGUGGAGGCGGUGGAAAUGACCUGUUGAACAAGACCGUUGUAGACGACCCGGAAGCAGGGAGUGUCAGCAUCAACCCCAACAAAAACGGCAGACCCCGGUGCUCCAGGUCAAAGCCCAAGCCUCUGCCCCCCAGAGCCCCCUGCCUGCCCCCUCCAUCCUGCCCCCUUCCAUCUUCCAACCCCAGGCCCAGUGAGAGGCCCCGGGCAGCAGUGCCCACCGUCUCUGGGGCCCUGGCUUCCAAGAGCACCAGCAGAGACAGCAACAUCAGCUCUGAGACUACUAGAAUCCCUGUCAGCUCAGCCCUGGUCUCUGAACUCAAAAUGAGGCUGCAGCAGAAAAUCAUUGAGAGUAACUCAAGCUAUUAUUGAACCUGAUAGUUGUGGUGUGCUGGCGCUCUAACCAAUCUUUCAAUAAUUGUCUGGACCACUGAAGGUGCUCAGUCUUAGGAUUGUAAAACUGCAAUUGUAAAGGAAGGUUGAGGACAGCAGGUUAAUUUCCUUCAAAACUGUAUUUGUUUCUAAGCAAGUCCUUUGUCAAAGCAAUGUUGCAACACAGUGUCCUAUUAUUGAACCUAUUGAAUCUAACCAGCUCUACACGUUUUCUUAAAUAUGUUAACAUAAUGUGGAUCCAUGGGCCUAUGGGCCCUGGUCAAGAAUAGUGGACUAUAUAGGGAAUAGGAUGCCAUUUGAGACGCAGUCUCUGUCAUCCAGCUUUAGAAAUAACUAGAGACAUUUCUGCACUGCCAUCUUGAGAAAUGUAAUGGGAUCCUUGUUAGAUAAGUCUCUGCAUUGCUGCCAUCUUGAGGGAAACAACGUGUUAACAAGAGUGACUGAGGGGGAAAUACUGGACCAUGUCUGAGGAAAAGAUUACUGCAUAUUUCUGUGUUUACAGAACUGUACAUAUGUUCCUGAAAAGUUAUGUUUUAUUUGCUUAAGACCAUGCAAUGUUGUCAAGAAUAGUGCUGAAAUAUAGGAUUAGGAUUGUUGCCAGACAAAUGUAGCCUACUAGGGAUGGGCACAGUUAUUCAAAAGUCAGAACGGCAGUUGGUAUUCAAUUAGACUACUUGGGAGACUAUUUAUUUUUUAGAUUUAAAAAAAAUAGGCCUCUUUUUAUUUAUACAAUGAUCUACAUACGCUAAAAAGGAUAGCCAUUACAUUCGACAUUUGGUAAUUUCUUUUGUAAUUUUCUCCCUUUUUCUCCCCAAUUCCGUGAUUACGAUCUUGUCUCAUCGCUGCAACUCCCCAAGGGCUCCGGAGAGGCGAAGGUCGAGUCGUGCGUCCUCCGAAACAUGACCAGCCAAACCGUGCUUCUUAACUACAUUCGACAUUUUAAUAAAACAACAGUUUAAUGACAGUUUGUAUGAGUGUGCUCCAUUAAAAAAAGACGCACCGAUAGCCUAGGCCGUACACACGUUCCACAGUGUAGCUUGUUGUUAUUGUCGGUCAAUCAGAGCGGCGCUACAGUCAGAGCCUAAUCAAUGCAAAAUGGAAUUAAAAUUACCUAAUUAAUUUGGCUAAAUGAGGAGUAAGCUACAAUGAUCAACCAACAGGUAGGCUGUUGUUUCAUAUGAAUGGGGUUGUUGUCGUCAAGGACGCCUCAAAAUAGCCUCAAUCAGCCUUGCUACUUUAGCUAGCCAGCUGGCUAACUUAGUUGGCUACUGUAGCUAGCCAGCUGGCUAACUUAGUUGGCUACUGUAGCUAGCCAGCUGGCUAACUUCUUUACAACGAUUUGAUUCAGUAAAGACGGGCACUACCAGAUGACAUGAUAGGAAACCUAUGGCAGCAACACGUUUGUGUAACUAGUGCCACACACCGGCCUCUACUCCUCUCUGCUCGUGUCCCUUCCCCACCGUUCUGCUGAAACAAGCAAGUCUCCAUUGAAGUUUCCAAAACAACUGUUUUUUUCUUUAAAACACAUAUAUUUAUACUAUCCGGAUAUUUGAAAAAAUACAAUGAUAUUAUUCUAAUAGUGAAACAAUUUCAAAUGCCCAUCCCCUAAAAUGUACCCACUUUUAACUGUGCAUCAGAUCGAAGCAGCUAUAUAAGACCGCUAUAAAAUAAGAUAUAUUCUUGACAGGAUAAAUGCCAUUGCUUAAAACAUGAAGUGCUCAUGGACCUGUGUAGUGACAUUCUAAUGUUGUCAUAUUUUGAAGUAGGGAAGUAGAUGUACUAGGAUUAUGAUGUGCCACUGCCUGCUUUCAAAACAACAAAAGCUCUUGCUUGUUUGAAAUCAGUUACUUUUUUUUCUUUCUCUGUUUUCUUGUUUUGCUUAAAUGCUUUUAUAUUUCAAAAGGGUCUGCUUUUAAUUUGGGGGAUUGGUGUUGGAUUACUCACUUAAAUGAAGGGAUCGCUUUGUUGUUUCAGUAAAUAUCAAACUGUAUAAAUGGAGAUGUUGUAAAAAAAUAUAUAAAAAAAUAAAGUAUUAGCUAUACAUUUAUUUAGUGACACGUGAGUCACUAAUAAUCACUGUUUUUCAAAAUUGUCCAUAAACCUGGUUGGAAUUUUGAAACAUUCAUUUCCACGCUGUGCGAACUACAUGGAAAUUCAUGGGAUACAUAACGAUACAAUAUAUUCUGUAUGUAUAUAUUAUUAUAAUAAUGUAUGUAUGCUGUGUAACACUUGCCUGUCCCUUGAAGUGAAAUCUUUAUUGUCUUUAUUUUAUCAUUUUGAAUAAAUAUAGGAAAAUAAUUGUUGUGUUGUGAUUUUGUUAGUUCAUAACCAGCUAGAUAUACAAUACGUUUUAGAUAACAAUAAACUAAAACUAGAAUACAGAAAUAAUUUUGUGAUCUGCAAUAAAUUACUAAUAAAGUAAAUAAAAAAAUAAAAAAUGUUUUAUGUGUAGAUAGUAGGGGUGUAACGAUUCGAUUUGUAUCACGAUUCGUGGUUGUCGAUACGAUUCAAGGACGAUAUUGGUUCAUUUAGAACGAUACGAUCCGAAACGAUUCAGUGACUUGAAAUCGAUUCAGUAACCUUUUAGCCAAAAAUUCAACCAGUGUGACUGAAAUAAAUACCUGGUAACCAGUUGCAUUUUAAUGGCUGGCAAUAGUCUUGAUAUUUUGAACAGUGUUUCAUGCCUCCAUGCAGACCAUCUGGUAUUAUGAAACUUACCCAUACCUACGUUGACAUGUGCGGUUCGGUCAGCACCCAAUUCAACCAGUCCAAUAAAGUCCGAAGUAAACUCUCCGUUGCUGGACACAGACACAAUGUAAACUAUUUCCUGCUCAGUUUUUGUGAUGUCCUCAGAUCCAUCAAAAAGCAUUCAGUAAAGGAACAUCCUCAGAAUAGGAAGACAUGGGACGUGCGUGUUUAGCUUUAUGCAUUUAUUCUCGGCUAGCUUUUAGCAAUGGCUUGCGCCACAUUCGUGUGCUCCUUGCUCUUUUCAUGUUGGUCAAAUAAAGGAUGGUUGAAAUUCUUUGAGCCUUUAUAAAAUGCACCUGUUUUGUCUGCUAGAUGUGGAUUUGAGCGGCAAAUCUUGCACCACAUUUCAGUGCGCUCAUCGUUAGCUUCAAGCCACUGCACAUCUUGGAGCCACUUUUCCGAAAAAAUUAUUUUCUUCGGCUCUGGCUCCAGUUGGCGUUUCUUUGUAGGUGGCGAAACGCCAAAAAGGCUGCUUAAUGUCUGUUGCUUUUUGGACAUCCCUGACAGUAGUUGACAAGCAACAUGUCAUGUGUAAGGUUAGAUGAGAAGAUCGGUCAAGUACGCAAAGGCGCGUAGUAACACAAGUGGCAUUACGCAUUCCUGAUUUUUGUCGUGCUUGCGUAUCUGCGUACCAGUUAUGGGCACCCCUGCAUAUAAAGUCUGACGUGCUUAAAUCCAAUGGGUUAUUUGCUAGUAUCGAUACAAUCGAUUUAUUACAUUUUAAAACGAUGUUAGAUCGAUAUAUGUUGUCCAAAAGGCCAACUCGCCGCGCACAGAUCGAUGUAGUUGGAUCAUAUGAAUAUAAAUCGAUACAUCGAUGUAGUAGAUGAAUCGUUACACCCCUAGUAGAUAGGAACCAGUGGAGGCUGCUGAGGGGAGGACGUCUCAUAACAAUGGCUGGAACGGAGCAAAUGGAAUGGCAUCAAACCAUGUUUGAUUUAGUUGAUACCAUUCCACUGACUCCGCUCCAGCCAUUACCACGAGCCCGUCCUCCCCAAUUAAGGUGCCACCAACCUCCUGUGAUAGGUACGGUGCUGUAUGUCAUUAUUCAGUUGAAGCGCGCAAAGCCUGGGAUUCAAUCAAAGGCGUGUUGUCAACCAGUGCAUUGCACUUGACUUUUAAAGGUAAUUUACACUAUAGCCGACAUCCAAGCUGAAAUAUUUACUACACAAACAUACAUAAGACAAAAAACAGGAGAAUGACAAAAACUGAACGACUAAAAAGCACCAUAAGGAAAAGCAAAGCAAAAAAUAUGCGUUUUUAAGAUCUCUUUUAAAUAUGUCCACAGUUUCGUCCCACCUCGGGUUCUCUGGCAGGCUAUUCCAGAGGCUGGGGGCAUAAUAACUAAAGGCUGCCUCUCCAUGCGUCUUGGUUCUAGGAUUUGGGAUGGUUAGAAGGCCAGUCAGUGCCAGAGGACCUGAGGGACCUACUGGGUAAAUAACUUAAAAACAUGUCUGAUAUGUAUUGGGGUGCACAAUCAUGGUUUGAUCUAAAAACCAAUAGAAUAAUCUUAAAAUGUAUUCUAAAACUCACAGGCAGCCAUUGCAGAGACCUUAAAACUGGUGUAAUGUGUGCUCUCCGUCUGAGGAGACCAUUACAGUAGUCAAGCCUGCUUGUAAUAAAGCAUGGAUGAGUCUCUCUGUAUCAGCCUGAGAGAGAAACGGCCGCACCUUGGCAAUAUUCCUCAGGUGGUAAAAAGCUAUUUUGGUCACAUUCCUAAUGUGUCAUUUGAAAUUUAGUUCAGAAUCUAAAAUAACACCUACGUUUUUUUAACCUGGUGUUUACCUAACGUGUGGCCAGAUUCUCUCUCUGUGCUUUGGCUCCAACAAUAAAUACCUCGGGCUUGUCUUGAUUUAGCUGGAGGAAGCCAUCCAAGUCAUCUAAUACAGUCUAAUAAUUUAUCCGUGGAGCUAAAAUCCUCUGGUGACACAGAAUUGUAAAGUUGUGUAUCGUCUACCAUUUUGUUUCUGAGGUCUUGGCUGAUUUCUUGCGAUUUUCCCAUGAUGUCAAGCAAAGAGGCACUGAGUUUGAAGGGAGCUCUUGAAAUACAUCCACAGGUACACCUCCAAUUGACUCAAAUUAUGUCAGUUAGCCUAUCAGAAGCUUCUAAAGCCAUCACAUCAUUUUCUGGAAUUUUCCAAGCUGUUUAAAGGCACAGUCAACUUAGUGUAUGUAAACUUCUGACCCAUUGGAAUUGUGAUACAGUGAAUUAUAAGUGAAAUAAUCUGUCUGUAAACAAUUGUUGGAAAAAUCACUUGUCAUGCACAAAGUAGAUGUCCUAACCGACUUGCCAAAACUAUAGUUCGUUAAAAAGAAAUUUGUGGAGUGGUUGAAAAACAAGUUUUAAUGACUCCAACCGAAGUGUAUGGAAACAUCCGACUUCAACUGUAUAUAAACUGAACAGACCCAAAAUCGAACAUUGUGGAAUGCCACAUGUGAUAUGUAUUUUCUCUUUGUUAUGUUCACCAAAGGUGACAAAAAACUUUUGACCGGUUAAAUAGGUCCUAAACCAUUUUAUAACUGGACUGGAGAGGCCAACCCACCUCUCCAUUCUGUCCAGAAGUACAUCAUGGUCAACAGUGUUGAAUACAGCACUUAAAUCCAAUGGUACAAGGACAGAGAGCUGUUUGGCAUCUGUGUUGGCUCUAAGAUAAUUUACCACUUUAACUAAGGCUGUCUCUGUGGGCACAAAAAAACAGAUUGAAAUUUUUCACAAAUACAGUUGGCACUUAAACAAUUAUUUAGCUGUUUGAAAACCAAUUUCUCCAGAAUUUUGCGUAAGAAUGGAAGGUUGGAGAUUGUCAGAAAAUUGCUAAGAGCUGAAGAAUCUAGAUUCGUUUUCUUCAGAAGGGGUUUCACCAUAGCAGGGAGAGAACAGGGAGUGAUUAACAAUAGCUUGCACUUCUUCAGAUAUGCAAUUAAAAACAGUUUUGAAGAAGGUGGUGGGGAUAGGAUCGAGAAGGCAGGUAAAAGGCUUAAGUUGUGAUGUCACUUUCCUGAGCAUGUCUGUGUCAACCAGGGAAAAUAAAUCCAUACUGCCUUUGCGUGGUAGGCUUGCAUCAACGCCCUAUACUGCAUUCAACUGACCUGCACCGUUUUCCUAAUCUUCUUUCUUGACCCUCUAGUCUCUUUUCACUCAUUCGAGGGUAAUGCUCACUUAGACAUAAGAGGCUUUUGUCUUUUGGCGGCUGAGAAUGUUGAUAGCAAAGUUCAGUAGUCAAACCAACCACAAUCAGUAGGCUAGGGAUGAGUCAUAAAUAGGGUGGAAAAAUUCCUGACUUCCUGAUUAUGCUCUUUCGAUUCCGGGAAUCUUUCACCUGGGAUCUCUGGAAAACCUGAACAUUUUGGGAAAGUUACCAGAAUUUUAAAUGUAACAAAGUGAAAGACGUAAACUUAUGAUGAUACAAAUCACAGAAGUAGAAUAUCUUUGACUCCACAAUAGAUGUGCUUUUAUUCAAGACUAUACAUGCUUUGAUCACAUUGGCAUGUGAAAGACAGAUAUUUUAGGCCAUUGUUGAAAACACAAAUACAUUCAAGUACAUUAAGGACUAGACUAUUUACCCCAUAAUGUGACAGACACACACACACACAUAUAUAUAUAUAUAUAAAAAUAUAUAUAUAUAUCAGAAAUGAUAAUCUAAUGCAGCUUGCAGUAAACUCAGAGAAUAUAUUCUAUGUGAGACAUGGUUAAGAUCUAGUGAAACCCAAAUGGCACCCUAUUCCAUGUGUAGUGCACUACUUUUGACCAGUAGUGUACACUACACAGAUAAUAGGGGGCCAUUUGGGACAGACACACAUGGUUAAGAUCUAGAGAGAUACAAGAUACAGAUUAUUCAGAUAGAAAAAAACAACACUAUAAUCUCUUUACCAGUGUAUGAAUAAAUGCACACCAAGCAAUGCUUACAUAACACAUCCUUUUGAGUGAUUGUGCUAAAAUCAAAUUGUUAAUCUGUGAAAAUUCACUCCGUUCCCCCUUGCCCUAACCCUUGGAUGUUUACAGAUCUGUAAGGUGUCAGUUAUCAAUAUAAAGGAAAUUCCACAACUAAACCUCUUAUACCUAUCCAGAAAAGGGUUACAAAAUGACGGUUACUUUCCUAAAAUUCCCAGGUUUUCUGGGAAUUUCAUGCUUAUUCCCUCUUGAUUCCAUGAAUCUCGAACCAGGAUUUCCUGAUUCCAUUAAUCUCCAACCAGGAUUUGGGAACUUUACCAGAAUUUUACAACCCUAAUCCAGACCCUUCAGAUUUGUAAAAGUCAAAAAUGUAAGGCCAAUGGGAUUUGGGUAGGGAGCAAUUAGGAUGGUGUUGUCUCAAGUGUCCAUCUUCACCCCCAACUUUAAUCCCAAACAUCUUCACCCCCAACUCUAAUCCCAAACAUUUUCACCCCCAACUCUAAUCCCAAACAUCUUCAUCCCCAACUCUAAUCCCAAACAUCUUCACCCCCAACUCUAAUCCCAAACAUCUUCACCCCCAACUUUAAUCCCAAACAUCUUCACCCCCAACUCUAAUCCCAAACAUCUUCACCCCCAACUCUAAUCCCAAACAUCUUCAACCCCAACUCUAAUCCCAAACAUCUUCACCCCCAACUCUAAUCCCAAACAUCUUCACCCCAACUCUAAUCCCAAACAUCUUCACCCCCAACUCUAAUCCCAAACAUCUUCACCCCCAACUCUAAUCCCAAACAUCUUCACCCCCAACUCUAAUCCUCACCAUCCCACCCCUUAUAAAAAAGUGAGUCAAAAACAGGAAAAGAGUAGCAAAGAAGCCUCAUUCAUUACGUAGGUAGUAGUGCAAAGGCUAUAUACAGUGUGUAUUACUGUAGAUUUAACUGAACCUCUCCUAAUGAAUGAGUUUCAACGAACCGUGAGGAAAUGCAGUUCAUUACAUUCUGAAGACAAGAAAAUAUUUGCAACUAUAUUGCAUGUACAGAAUUAACAUUAUGGUUUUUUUUUGGGGCCAGAUAAGUUUGUAUUCCAUUUUUUUCUUUUAAAACAGAGAACAAUCAAGCUAAAUAGAUACAGUAUAUAAACUCAUUUAACAAAUAAACCUUGCUACCGACAUAGAAGGAAGGCAUUUCACUCUUAGCAUGACAACUUUAAGCUUUACAGAUGCAUUUCCUGAAGCUUCACUUCACAUAAGACUGCCCCCCAUUAUUACAGAUAACUGUUCCUCUAGACGUCUUGUACACGUUUUAAUCGUUAAACCUACAUCUAAUAUAGCUUUGCUCCAGUGGUUGUCUCUGGUAGAUCUUGUGCUUUUCCCCUGUGGUUGUUUCUUUCCUCUGAGGACUUAGUCCUCUUCUUCAUCACCUCAUCAGAGUCGCCACAGAGUCCUUCAUCGCUGGCGGCCUGGAGGCUGUCGAAGGUCCCCUGUCUCUCCCCAUUCGUCCUCAGGGUCUUCUCCUGCCGCCUCCUCCUCUUACACUGCUCCGUACAGCGGUCCAGGCAGCUGAACGUACAUCUGGUGUCGGUGGUGCAGGCGUACAUGCCCACGGGCACCGCCAGCCCCAUGGCGCACACGAUCACCAUAAUAUGGAUGAGCUUCGCUCGUUGUUCCAGCUGGCUGAUGUCACUUCCUGUUACGAACACGAUGCACUGGCCGGCGCGGGGCAUCUGGUUCUUCAGCGUCACACACACUUCGUAUUUAGUAACCGGUAUGAGGUCGUUGACCGAAUAGGUGUUGAUGCCCGGCCCGAUGUAUGUCAACUCCCUUUUGUCCGAGUGGUAUUUCCCCAAGUGGAUGGUGAACCAGGUUUCUGACGGGUUGUCUGUCGCAGCGUACCACUCCAGAGUGAUGCCGUAGACCGUCUGCUUGGAGAUGCGGAUGUCAAUGUAUACGUUCUCGUCGGCUGAGGCCAGGGGGAACGGGGGAGGAGACAUGGCUGAACCGCCGGAGGACGAGGCGUUGAAAGACUUGAUGUUGACCAGGAAACUGGCGGAGGAGUUGCCGAUGAAGUUGUUGGCG